UUAUCAUAUAACUUGUAGGAUUUAAGAGUUUGGGUCAAUGUAAUUUGAUUUAAUAGAACGUAACUACAUGCAACAUAUACUAUGGCCAAAAGGGGCUCAUGUAAAUUUUUCCUCCUUUGUUAUUAUUAACAUGCAAAACUACACCUUUUGUCUUUGAAAGUAGCACUAUCUGUAGGGAAACAUGGCGUCUACCAAGAAACGCAACGUGAGUUCAGCUAAAGAAGGUAAAGGAAAUGCAAAAAAGACCAAAAUCGAUCCAGAUAUUCUGGUGAGAGGCAUACUUGAGAGCAAAAAACACGCCAACGAUGUUUUUGACUUGUUAGAGAUGCUUCAGUCCCAUAAAGAAAAGAAUGUCAUUGAUGCGAUCAAUGCUUGCAACACACUAUUCUGUAGUUUGUUAGAAAGAAAGGAUCUUCACAUGGGAAAUCUCCCUGAAGAAGAGGAGUCGCUGAGUGGGGACUAUACAGCUCAACAAAAAUAUCACAUAUUCAUGCGUCACCGUUACAAUAGCUGUAAGGAAAUACUUUUUGACCAUCUCGACCACGAAGAAUACAAUGUCAAGGAGGCCGCACUCUGUUGUCUGAUGAAAUUUGCAGAAAAUGAAGGUCAGCAUCCUCUUGAAGAUUUAGACUGGAGUGAGCAUUAUACCUUCCCAAGAGAAUUUAUUCAGUUGCUGGUGGCCCGACUGUUGUCCAUAACCACAGACAACACCCUUCUGCUGUCCAGGUUCCAAGAAUAUCUUGAAAUGGCAGAUGUCCGGUAUUAUGUCAUGAGCUCCAUCCGUGACAAUGUAACAAAGGUCAUGGAUAGAAAUAAAGGGAUGCCUUUACCCGUGUAUCAAAACAAUGCCUUUAAUCUCAUGUCAAACAUUUCAAUGGCGAGCAACGAGUCAGAACUCACCAACUUUGUGGUCACACAGGAAACUAAACAUGAGGACUGGAAAGCUACCAAAUUGAAUGAGCACAGGCGAUCUUUUGAGAAGAUGUGGUUAUGUUUUCUUAAAUACAAGCUUCCAACUAGUAUGUAUAAAAAGGUGUUGGUGAUUUUGCAUGACUCCAUUUUACCACAUAUGAGCAAACCCACUCUGAUGAUUGACUUCUUGACUGCUGCUUAUGAUGUUGGUGGUGCCAUCAGUCUGCUUGCUCUGAAUGGUCUGUUUGUUCUUAUACAUCAGCAUAACUUAGAUUACCCUGAUUUCUACCAGAAGUUGUAUAAUCUUCUUGAGCCAUCAAUUUUUCAUGUCAAGUACAGAGCAAGAUUUUUCCACUUAGCCAACCUCUUUCUCAGCUCAAGUCACUUACCUGUGUACCUAGUAGCCGCAUUUGCCAAACGCCUAGCUCGCUUGGCUCUCACAGCACCACCUACUGCCCUUCUCAUAGUUCUGCCCUUCAUUUACAAUCUGAUCCGCCGUCAUCCUUCAUGCCGAGUUCUCAUUCACAAGCCCAGCUCACAAGAUGAAUUAAUGGAAGAUCGGUAUGAUAUGGAUGAAGAAGAUCCUGCCAAGUCGUGUGCUUUGGAGAGCAGCCUGUGGGAAAUAAAGACAUUACAGAAACAUUACCAUCCCGAUGUGGCCAAAAAGGCGAUGUUGAUAAAUACACCUUUGUCUGAACAAGAAGAUGACAUUGAUGAAUUACUGGAGUUAACCACAUUUGAGCUGAUGGAACGGGACCUGAAGCCACAUCAGAUGAAGAGUAUACCACUGGAGUUUGAAACGGCCACACAGCUGCUGAAAGGAGGAGGAGAUGUUUUACAACAACAUUUUUGUCUAGAUUAACAAACUUUUAUAUCAGUGGACUACAUCACCACAUCACCUUUGAAGAAUAUUUAAAAAAAAAAAUUAAUAAAAAAAGUUUCUUCUU